AAACACUUUUUGUAAUUCUCUUAAAGCUAUUUUUCAACUUUUACAGUUUUCAUCAUCUUGCUGUAACAGACGUGGUCUGCAUUCUUCUGCCCUUUUCCUUCAUCAAAGCUUUAUUUAUGUGCAUUUACGAAUACAUUGAGGCUCUAAUUGACUUUGUAUUUACAUCUGUGCAUACUUUAUGCUUGUUUUAAUUCUGUUUAUAUAUUUGGGGGUUGUUGGCUAAAAAUGGUAAAUGUAAACUACACUGUGAUAAAUGUGGACAGCUUUAUAAUCACUGGAUUUGAUCAACUGCAAAACCAAAAAUUCCUUGGAUUCCUCAUCUUAUUAGCCUACAUGCUCAUAUUGUUUGGGAACAGCUUAAAUCUGUCCAUCAUCUUGACUGCCAGACAUUUACACAAACCAAUGUAUAUAUUAAUCUGUAACCUUGCUAUUGCUGACAUAAUGUACACCUCUUGCAGCAGUCCAACCUUGAUCUCAGUGCUGCUGGCUGAGAUUAAAACUGUUUCAUAUUACUCUUGUCUCUCAAGGAUGUUUUUCUAUCAUCUUGGUGAUAUCACAGAAUGCAUGGCUCUGACCUUGAUGGCAAUAGACCGAUUUAUUGCAAUUAGGUUUCCUUUAAGGUACCACAGCAUUGUAACAAAUUUACGAGUAAUUCUGCUUAUUUUAUUAACUUGGAUCGCUGGAUUCAGCCUUAUGGGUUUUGCAAUAUCCAUGCUAGAUAGUCUUCCAUACUGCACGACUAUGAUCAGUGCUUACUGUGACAGUGCUUCUUUGAUCCUAGCUUCUUGUGUUGAUCCUGAACCUUUUUUUUUCAUGGGUGCAAUAAUAAAUUUGUGGCAAAUCUGUGGACAGUUUUCCUUUAUUUUCUGUACCUAUGCUGUGCUGGCAUACACUGUGGCCAAACUUACCAACAACUCAAACAAAAAGCAAAUGAUCAACACAUGUGUAAGUCACGUUAUUGUACUGCUCAGUUAUUUUGCACCAAAGCUGGUCUCUGUUUUACUAACUCGAAUAGGAGUUGUGCUAACUUUAACAGAGAGAAAUGCACUACAGAUUGUUGCAGCUAUGACUUCACCUCUAAUAAACCCAGCAGUUUACUCCAUCAGGACUAAAGAGAUCAGGAAAACGAUUAGUAGAUUGUAUGUACACAAAAGGCCUAAUACACUCAAAUAUUGUUUACAAAUCUGUCUAAAUCUGUUAGAGCAUUUCUCCUUCACAUUGUUCGGUUAA